CUGCAAACCAACACCAUGAAUGAGAAAAAGAACAAACUAAAGAAUAAUGCUAGUAAAGUAAACGACGAUCCGUUGAAUUGCCAUUUGCCAAAAAUGGACACGUCGGAAACGUAUUUGCUGAAAAUUAAAACAUGGAGCCCUGGCAAACGGUCGCAGUGCUUUGUCACACUUUACCGUCACACUAAAAGCAAUAUUUCUACGAUUCAACGCAAUUCCAAUUCCCUUCGAACUCGCUUAUCUUGCUCACAUAACUCGCUGACUGAUUCCAUAAAAAACAAAGCAGACGAUUCAGUUUUCAUAACGCAAGCGAUGUCUCACGAUGCAUUAGACGACAACAAAAUUUUAGAUUUUUACAACGUUCCUAUUGAUUCCGACAUCUACACAACACCAAUUGAUUUAAUAAGGAACACGUAUAAUGCUGAAACGUCUUUUUAUCGAAAUCGGAACGAAGCGUCACAGAGAAACAGUUGGAAUAAUUUGUUGAACUACAGUGAACAGAUAAACUCUAUUCAUGAGCAUAAAAACAAUAAACCCCACAUUAUAUUCGACAAAAAACCAUCCAAGGUUGUCGAUAAACAACCAAGUGAUAAGGCAGACAGUAAACGUAACUCUAUUUCUCACGAGAUACGUUCUCAGUGCAAAAAGUCAAACUUUUCCGUUAAUCUUAAGCAAAAGUUUUGUAAUAUUUUUCGCGUAAGCCGCCAACAACAUCACAAACCGUUUCUGAGCAAUAAACGGUCGAUCGUUGCAAAUAGAACGAAGGAUAAUGCCGUGUGCGCUAAAGACAAAAAUGAAAGCACGGUUGGCAAAAAAAUAAACACUCCUCGGAAGCUGCCACCACUUCCUGCCAAUGAAUCUGAUUUAAGGUACCUAAUGGGCGAUACAAGCGACCAAAAAAGGAAAUCUGGUGAAAGAAAAUCGUCAAUGGACUUUACUGCUAGCAUAGAAAAAGUUCAAGAGUUCGGUUGGUACUGGGGUCCAAUAACUUCUGAAGGAGCUGAAAAAAUACUUUCAAACGAACCGGAUGGUAGUUUUUUAGUAAGAGAUAGCUCUGAUGAUCAUUACAUUUUUUCUCUAACAUUCAAACUCAAUGGAACGGUACGACAUGUUCGAAUAGAUCAAGAUCAAGGAUCUUUUUCAUUCGGUUCAUGUGCAAAGUUUAAAUCUCGAACUAUAAUGGAAUUCAUAGAAAACGCCGUUGAGCAUUCCCGAAGCGGAAGAUAUUUAUUUUUUCUGCAUAGACGUCCGGAAUACGGUCCAAUGCGUGUACAAUUAACAAAACCAGUUUCGCGAUUCAAACAUGUGCAAAGUUUGCAACACAUAUGCAGGUUUGUCAUCCAUAAAACAAUCAAGCGAAAAGAUCUUAUACUAGCUCUCCCACUACCGAGAAGAGUGUUGGAUUAUUUGUGCUACAAAAACUGUCUUUCGGAACGUACGGAAGCCGAUUUACUAAGCAGCUUGGAAAAACCAAAUAUUAUUCUCCGUUAGGAUUGG